CGAGUCAAAUAAAACAAGCGAAACUGUAAAUCGUUGCCUGACAGUUCUCCUGCACUGCCAUGCUCGCGAGUGGGAUGGGAUUGGUUUCGUUACAUCUAGGACAGCCUCUUCUAGGAUACCAUUGGCCAAGAACGUCCCGUACUGUAGCGUUCCAAACAACAAGUACACGUGUCUGCACCACUGAGAUAAAGUAGCUGGGACAUUGAAGUGUCCUGUGAGCACAGAGAACGAGCCGUCCUGAAAUACGCCGACAGAAUAAGCACGAGUAUGACUUGGCAUUCUGGAGUCAUGCUUGAAAAUAGGGGAUUGUAAAAAAACAGAAAUUGUGCCAAGUCUAGUGCAUUGGAAUGCAUAAGAAAGCAGAGUGACCAUCAUUAAUCAAAUCGGAGUUGCUUCACAAAAACUCAUCCAUUUGCACUUUUAAAUCUGGCUGUCAACGAAGCGCAGCGCGAUGAAGCUCCAGGACAUUAUUGCAGAGAAAAGCAGUCUGUGGAUCUUCGGAUAUGGCUCUUUAGUUUGGAAACCAGACUUCAAAUUCAUGAGGAGCAAAGUCGGCUAUAUUAAGGGAUAUAAGAGGCGCUUCUGGCAUGGAGAUAAUUUCCAUCGAGGAGACAAAGACAUGCCUGGAAGAGUUGUCACUCUGGUGGAGGAUCAUGAUGCUUGCACCUGGGGGGUUGCGUACGAGGUCACUGAUUCCCAGGUGGAGGAGGGCUUGCAGUACCUCCAUGUGAGGGAGGCCGUGCUAGGGGGCUACGUCACCAAGAUGGUGGAGUUUUCUCCUAGAGAGAAGAGCCAGGGUAAGAUACUGGCCCUGGUGUACCUCGCUACCUCAGACAACCCCAUCUACCUUGGGCCCGCCACCCCGUCCGAAAUCGCGGCCCAGAUCGCCACCAGCAGGGGCAACACGGGCCACAACAUCGAGUACCUCCUCCGCCUGGCUGACUUCAUGAGGCUGUGCUGUCCCGAGGUCGAGGACGAUCACCUGUUCUCCAUCGAGGCGGCGGCGUUGGCCCUCCUGCUCUCAGCUGAAGAGGCCAACCUGCUGUGACGUCAGGCUGGACACCUGCUGUGACGUCAGGACACCUGCUGUGACGUCAGGACACCUGCUGUGACGUCAGGAUGGACACCUGCUGUGACGUCAGGCUGGACACCUGCUGUGACGUCAGGCUGGACACUUUUGGCAGCCGGACGCCACUGUUCCAGACAGUCCCACCACAUCAACAACACUACUGUGAAGACAGCAUGAGACGCUCCGCUCUUAAACAGGGUUGAUGUCGUCCGUGCUUUUUUUGUUUGAAUGAUUGUGGUUAUAAAUGCCUGUGAGAUUGAUAGAUGAGUUUGUCGGUUACAUGCUGAAAGUGCAAUGAUAACAGAUGUACAGUUUAUUUAGUGAGAAGGUCUGUAUAGGCGUUCUGACUUUCUGUUGCAAAAUAAAGACUCGUACCGUUUGACAAUAAGCUCUUACAUGGUUGUUGAGGAACAAUAAUAUUUGAUAUUGUUACAUGUCCAAUCUUGAUGGACUUUGGCACUGUAUUAUUCUCCUGAAUGUUGUUUGAAUUGAACAUGCGGUACUGUUUUAAAGUCCAUUUGAAGUCUUGAAGAAUAUGAUUGUACAUGCUUGUUUUUAACAUGUACAUGCCGUAUGACUGUAUCUGUUUUAAACUGUUUGAGAUGUAGGUAAUCUACUGUUCCAUUUGUAGAGGCUUGUGAAGAUUAUUGUGUCGCUCAAAGCAUUGUGUUUUAACAUGUUUAUUUAACUUUUUAUAAAAGUUAUUAUUUUUGUGUA